UUCAGUAGAAUCGUACAGUUUGUGGGGAGAAGAUCACGCUCUAACUAAUUUCACCAUCUAAAGAAACGUAAAAACUAAAGUUUCUCCUUGAAAUGUGGGCCAUUCUUCUACUUCUGCUCCUGUGCCUGGGCCUGCUGUACAAGUAUGUGAGGCGUCACUAUACCCACUGGCAGCGAUUGGGCGUGGACGAGGAGCCAGCUGUAAUCCCCUUCGGGAUAAUGGACACGGUGAUGAAACAGGAACGGAGCUUGGGCAUGGCUUUGGGCGAUAUCUAUGCCCGGCACGAAGGCAAGAUUGUGGGAAUUUACAUGAUGAACCAGCGGAGCAUCCUAAUCCGUGAUGCCCAGCUGGCACGCCAGAUCAUGACCAGUGAUUUUGGCAGCUUCCACGAUCGCGGGGUCUAUGUGGAUGAGGAGAAGGAUCCGCUGUCGGCCAAUCUCUUCAACCUGCGUGGCGCUUCCUGGCGGAAUCUGCGCCACAAGUUGACGCCAUCGUUCUCCUCGGGAAAAAUCAAGGGCAUGUUCGGCACCAUUGACGAGGUGGGCGAUAAGCUGGUGCAGCAUCUGGAGGGGGUUCUGGACCAAAGCGACGAGGUGGAGAUCAAGGAUGUGAUGACCACGUAUGCGGUGGAUAUUAUUGGCUCGGUGAUUUUUGGCCUGGAGAUCGACAGUUUCAGCAAUCCGGAAAAUGAGUUUCGGGAGAUUAGCAGCUCGGCGAAUAGGGACAAGUCGCUGCUGCUCAAGAUCCACAAUAUGUCCAUGUUUAUAUGCCCGAUGAUUGCCAAGCUAAUGAACCGCUUGGGCUAUGAGAGUCGUAUCUUGACUUCCCUCCGAGACAUGAUGAAGCGCACCAUUGAGUUCCGGGAGCAGCAUAAUGUGGUCCGCAAGGAUAUGCUCCAGCUACUCAUCCGGCUGCGAAACACUGGAAAGAUAGGCGAAGAUGACGAUCAGGUGUGGGAUAUGGAGACGGCCCAGGAGCAGCUCAAGUCGAUGUCCAUCGAGAAAAUUGCCGCCCAGGCUUUCCUUUUCUACGUGGCUGGAUCGGAGUCCACUGCUGCCGCUUCUGCCUUCACCCUUUACGAGCUGUCCAUGUAUCCGGAGCUAUUGAAGGAGGCGCGGGAUGAGGUGGAUUCGGUGCUUCAGAGGCACAACCUAAAGCCCAAGGAUAAGUUCACCUACGAAGCUGUGCAGGAUUUAAAGUUUUUGGAUCUUUGCAUCAUGGAAACCAUUCGUAAAUAUCCCGGUCUGCCCUUCUUGAACCGCGAGUGCACUGAGGACUAUCCUGUUCCUGGCACAAACCAUACCAUUACCAAGGGCACUCCCAUUUUGAUCUCGCUCUUUGGCAUUCAACGUGAUCCUGCCUAUUUCCCCAAUCCCAAUGGCUAUGAUCCGCAUCGCUUUGAUGCGGACAACAUGAACUACGAUCAGGCAGCCUAUAUGCCAUUUGGAGAGGGUCCCCGUCACUGCAUAGCUCUACGCAUGGGCAAGAUCAACUCCAAGGUGGCGGUGGCCAAGGUUUUGGCCAAUUUCGAUCUGGUGCAGGCUCCACGCAAGGAAGUCGAGUUUCGUUUUGACGCUGCUCCAGUUCUGGUGACCAAGGAGGGUCUGAAAGUCCGCUUGACCAAGAGGAAGUGGGAAAAGUAAUAUAAAAAUAUUUCUUUUUUUGGGAUUUAUAAAAUGGUGUAUAUAUUUUUAAAGGUUAAAGGCAAAUAUAUGGUAAUUAUUUUACUAA